AUGGUUCCUGGUGGAUACAAAAGUCUCACAUAUACGAACCGCAUUCAGCCACUCAAGCAGAUGUGUUUGUUCGAAUUUAACGGCGGUAUAUGUAAUGACCGAACCUGUUUGAACCAACAUUUUAGAGAACUUGAAGUAUCCGAUGCCGAUAUUCUUGUCGAAUUGGCCUCCGCAAAAGAGGGCAAGACAGAAAUCGAACAGGCACUUUAUAACCAAGGCCUUAGGGAGGAGAUAGAGAAACUAAAGGCUCAGGGGAUCAAAGACUUCAUGACAGUGAUCGCCGGGAUUGUGGCGUAUCGCAGAAAGUUCUUGGGAGACGAGUCCAGAGUCCUUAAAUUACCCUGA